AUGAGCAGCAAAGGACAUGAGAUGAGAUCUUCACUACUAAUUGACCUGUUUACAGGCUACUGGGGAUAUGGAUGGUUUCACAGCUUCAUCAUAUCAUGCCAGCGUCCUGAUGUGGUUAAUUGCGCCCCGCUUCCACCAAUGAUUGGCUAA